AUGCACAAAAGGUACAUGGAUGCAAUGACAUUAAUGGAUAAAUAUGGGAAACCAGAUAUAUUCUUAACCAUGACUUGUAAUCCCAAAUGGAUAGAGAUUACCAAUGAACUCAAGGCGCAUGAAGAUGUGCAAAAUAGGCCUGAUCUUGUUACCAGAGUUUUCAGGAGCAAAUUCGAACAACUGAAAAAGGAAGUGAUCAAGAAGAAAUGUUUUGGUCCUGUUCAGGCGUACACUUACGUAAUUGAGUUCCAGAAGAGAGGUUUACCACAUGUGUAUUUGCUGCUAAUAAUGAAAAGGGGGCACAAGCUUGUAACACCAAAUGAUUUUGAUCAAUUUAUAUCAAUCGAAAUACCCGAAGAAAUUAAAAAUCCCCAUCUUUAUGCAGCUGUGUUGAAACACAUGAUGCACGGUCCUUGUGGGAAGCUUAAUGCAGGUAAUGUCUGCAUGAAAAAUGGUAAGUGUAAGAACCAUUAUCCCAAGAAAUUCACGCAAGCCACCACUGUUGCGACAGAUGGUUAUCUAGUUUACCGACGAAGAAAUGAUGGCAAGCAAGUUCGAGUGCGCCAGCAAAUUCUAGAUGACAGAUGGGUCAUCCUUUAUAGUCCAUAUCUACUAGCUAUGUUAGAUUGUCAUUCGUCACCCAAAGCAAAUUUUCUUGUAGUGAUUAAGGCUGUUAAAUAUUUGUAUAAGUAUAUCUACAAAGGGCACGAUAAAAUCGUCUUCAGAAUCAUUGCACAGCGAAACAAUGAAACUGUUGAUGAAAUCAUGCAGUUUCAAACAGCUAGAUGGGUUACACCUCCGGAGGCAAUGUGGUGA